GCCGCAUUUAUAUCUGACAUUGCUUUCUCACACUCCCCAUUAGCAGCAUCACUUACAACACUAGCGGACUUCUUUAAUCCCGUCAUUGAGAAACAGAUUGGUCAACUGAUUCGAGAUGGGCGAACAGGGACCUGGCGUUGGCUUUGAGUUCCCGCCCUUGGAGGUGUCGUGGAUGAAGAGAGAUUUGCUGCUUUUUGCCGCGAGUAUUGGGGCUACGUAUCCGGAUGAGCUUCAUUUUCUCUAUGAACUCCACCCCCAAUUCGCCGCCUUCCCCACCUACCCCAUCAUCCUCCCCUUCAAGCACACCGACCAGGAAGUCAUCGACUUCUACGCACGAUCCAGCUCCACGCCCAUCACUGGCGUGCCCAAAUUCGACAACAAGCAUGUUCUAGACGGCGAGCGUAAGCUGCAGUUCUUGAAGCCCAUCCCAGUGUCUUCGGAAGGAAGAAAGUUCGAGGUCAGGAGUAAGGUGCUUGGCGUGUACGAUAAGGGGAAGCCGGGAACGGUGGUCGAGACGGAGCAGAGGCUUGUGGAUGCGGAGACGGGGGAAACGUAUACGAGGGCGGUGGGGAGUGGGUUUUAUGUUGGGCAGGGAGGAUGGGGUGGGCCGAAGGGUCCGAAGACGGUCAACUACCCACCACCAUCCAACCGCGCCCCUAACGCAACCCGCACAACGCAAACAACUCUCGAGACGGCACUUCUCUACCGCCUCAAUGGGGAUUAUAAUCCUCUCCAUGCUACUCCCGAACCCGGCGUCAAAAUGGGCUUCGGCGGGCCCAUCAUCCACGGUCUCUUCUCCUGGAAUACCGCCGCGCACGCAGUCCUACAAGCAUUCGGCAGCUCAAAGCCAGAAAAUAUGAAGGAGUUUCAGGCGAGGUUUGCGGCGCCGGUGAAGCCGGGGGAUAAGCUGAUUACGGAGAUGUGGAAGGCGGGCGAGAAGGAUGGAGAGGGGUUUGAGGAGGUGAGGUUUAUUGUAAGGGUCGAGGGCGGGAAGACGGUGUUGACGAAUGGGAGGGCGCUGGUGAAGAUGGAGGGCCAGGUCAAGGCGAAGUUGUAGCGGAUAGAAGAUAGGGCAGCGCGAUAGGAAUAGAAGGACUUAACGAAAGAGGGAGAGUUCUGAAGCCAGGAUUCUGCUCUCGGUUAAAAUACUCCCGUCAGCUGGCCUGGAAUAGUACGGUUGCUGGCCUUCGUC